AUGAAACUCAAAUUUCGAGCUACAUAUGAUCCAAUGUUGGAUACUUUUAGAGUAGAAUUUUUAUUGGGAGGAUGUUUGUUAUUGGCUCUCAUCUUUAAUUAUGAUUUCGCAUUUAUGGAGAUUUUAUGGACAUUUUCGAUUUAUCUUGAAUCAGUUGCAAUUCUUCCACAAUUGUUCAUGUUGAGUCGUACAGGAGAAGCAGAAACAAUUACUACACAUUACUUAUUUGCAUUAGGAGCAUAUAGAUCAUUGUAUUUAUUGAAUUGGUUAUGGAGAUUUGCAUUUGAAGGUCAUGUUGAUUGGAUCGCAUGGGUCGCCGGUGCUAUCCAAACCGCUUUAUAUAGUGACUUUUUUUAUAUUUAUUACACAAAUAAGGGACAUGAACCUCCUCCACCGGGAGUUGAUGCUGCUACUGUUGAAAUUGAGAAAAACGAUAGCACCAGUAUUGGGAAAGAGCAUGACCCUGAUGAUGCUCCUACAAUACUUGAUAAAAUUUUCGAUCCAAAUCAAAAUAAAUUUGUCAAGGCUGAUGAUCAAUUGAGUAAAGAAAAUUUUGAAAAUUACUUUAGUAAAAAUGAUGACGAUGUUGAUCCCAUUACGAAAUUACCAAGCACACAAUCCGGCGGAUAA